CGUCGCUCUCCAAAGAUACCCGUCCAAGGCCUCACACGAGCACCUCUUGCUCUUGCUCCUCGUCCUCCUCUUCUGCGCCGACUGGGCCAAUGUCUGUCACGCAACGAUGCCGGUCUGCUCUUCUUCAUCACUCUAGUCGCGCACAUACCGCUGCAGCGGUCGACCGCUACAGCACUAUACAUGCCUUUUUCUCGCGACAACAAAUUGUUGCUAGGACGGCCGCUGCUCAGCACCGUCAAUAUGCGCAUCUGCACUGCCGUAUUCGGUUGGAUUCCCAGUACUCGGAGGCACAUCUUCACGUCCGACAUUUCUCGUGGACAAUUACCCGGAGAGCGGAGCAGUCGGGCAAGGGAGUUAACGAGGCGACAGAGCAGAGGCGGGGAACCGCGGGAGCUGGAGUAUCAUCCUCGUCCGAACCUGGUGCCAAGGUGGAACCGCCAAAUCCUCAUCAGUAUGACAACUAUCCGCCAUUCUUCCGGCGAAUUGCACUUUCACUCCCCAAUCAUCGACCAACGCGCGAGGACUUCCUCAACGCCGCAAAUGGUUUCUGGCAGCGCGCGAGGAUACGCUUCCGAUGGCUUACCAUCAGGUCCUUUCGCAAGUAUAAUGCCGACGACAUCUCCGCGUUCGUAACCUGGUUUGUCAUGAGCCAAACCAUAUGGCUAUUUAUCGGAACAACUACAUUCUUUUCAGUAGUCUUUGCGACUAUCAACAGUCUCAGGUUGCAAGAAUAUGUCGCACGAGCAAUCAGCGACUACCUCACGUCGGAGACAGGAAUUACCAUCAUCUUCGAGUCUGCUAUUGUUCCCAAAUGGAAGGACUCUCGUAUCUCGUUCAAAAACGUAUACGUUAUCCGCGGUCCUCACGGCCCCGAGAUAGCCAGACAGAGGAAGUCUGCCAUGUCCACUGCCGGACAUAAAGUCGCGGUAGGCUAUGAUGUCAGCAACCAUCCUUCAUUCCAUGUUGCGGGGGACGAAGAUGAAGACGAAGGUGUACACGUCUACGCAGACGAGGAUGUCAAUUACACUAUGUUCGACCUCAGUGUGGACUCGAUUGACGUCACCUUGUCGUUUGCGCGUUGGUGGCAAGGUAAGGGCCUGGUCGUUGACGCCGUCAUGAAAGGCGUGCGAGGUGUACUCGACCGUCGUUCAGUCCACUGGGACCCGGAUCAUCCACUGGAUCCUGCCCUCUUCAGGCAUGAAGCACGCCCAGGAGACUUCGAGCUUGAAUCGCUUCAAGUAGAGGACGUCCUCCUCACCGUAUACCAGCCAGGCAACUUCCGUCCGUUCACUGCGUCCAUCUUCCGCGCCGAUAUCCGUACUUUCCGGAAGCAGUGGCUAUUCUACGACUUCCUUGCAGCGGAGAACGUUGUAGGGCAGUACGACAACUGUCUGUUCAGCCUGCACCGUCCCCAGAGCAUUGGGCGUACCACGGAGCAAGACCUGCAAGACGGGCAAUGGGCUCGUAUGUCACGAUUCAGGAUGGACGGCCUCAACGUCGACCACAUGCAAGCCAUGACGACGCAAGACGGUCCCUUCUCCUGGAUCACCUCCGGCAAAGUCGAUGCUGUGCUCGACAUCAAGUUCCCGCGGGGGCCCACGGAGGAGCUGCCCAUCAAUGCGUUCCUCGGCGAGCUCGCGGACGCGAUCACCACCGCCGCGUCGUCCGUCACGGCGGAGCGCAUCCCCGGUCAGCGCGAGCUCGCCAAGCCCCCGCUGAGCGCGCCGUCGGACCGGGAGCAGGUCGCGGGGAACUCGGACGUGCCCCAGGUAGUGAUCGAUAUUGACCUGCGGUUCAGAGACCUGAAGGCGGCGGUGCCGAUCUUUACGAACGAGCUGAGUUAUUCGAACAAUGCGCUUGUGCGGCCGAUUGUCGCGUUCAUGAACGCGAACCGCACCUUGGUCCCUAUUCGCUGCAGGGUCGUGAAGCCUCUCGGCGACUUUGAGGGCUCGUGGACGCCCUGGGAGACUGGCUUGAUGGAUAUCAUUUCACUCAAGGUGUACGAGGCGAUGGCGUACCACGUCAGCCAAGCGAACUUUAACCGCCGCCUCAAGGUCGUCAGCGCGUGGAGCCUCCAGAUGACCGCCAGCGCGAUGAUCUCCGCCCUACGGACGCUCAUCGACCCCGUCGCGACGCAUCUGCGCGACUUGUACGAACAGGGAGGGUACCGCUGAAUGAGGAGGGGCGUGGACAAAAGUAUGCUACGGGUUUGUAAUGUUCACGACACUUACGACAAUGAUGAUGAACACAUGCUACUCUGCUGUCCGCUGGUCGUCGGUCGUCGAUGUCGAUGUCGAGUUGAGGUAAAC